AUGUUCAUUCGAUUGCUAUCAAGCACAAAGAUCGUUAAAGACAUUAGCUCAAUCGAGAAAGUUCUCCAUCCUGCUUUGCCGUCUCAUCCGCAGCAUCAUCUAGCUCUGAAACAAUCGUAUGGCCAUAGUGGAAUGAUAUCGUUUUAUGUGAAAGGGGGCUACAAGAACACCAGAAAAUUCUUGCAAUCAAUGAGAGUAGUAAUCUUAUGUGGUAGUCUUGGUGGUGUUGAAAGCGUUGCAUCGAUUCCGGCAUUUCUGUCGGCAGGCGAAGAAAAUUUAAAUCACCUGGAAAAAUUGGGCAUCACUAGUAACUUAGUUCGAUUUUCGGUUGGUUUGGAAGAUUGCAAUGAUUUAAUAAGAGAUUUGGAUCAGGCACUGAAUUUAUCGCAGACUAACGAAAGCGAAUAG